ACUGGAGCUGCUGCCACUGAAACUCUGACUGGAUAUAAAAUCUGUUGAGUUCCCUUUGGAGACUAUGCAACUGAAGAGCAGCUGUUUGACAUCAGAAUCAUAAAAAGCUGAUCUUUGAACUGUGCAGGUUCACACUGGUUUGUAGUCUGAGGUGUUUCAGUGCCUGAAGAGCUGAAGGAGGACGAUCAUGGAGCUCGUGAAAGCAGCAGAAAGCUGUUUCUGAACAAUAACUUUCACUGGAAGAAGUUCAAAAGUGAAGACUGAGGCUUGAACUUUGCCUGUCCUCAGGAGGCUGCAGGUUUUCACCAGCUUAGAAAGGUGAAGGUAGAAAGUGUGUGAGCUGGUGUGAGUUCAGCAGCAUGGAUCAGUGUGAGGAUCCUCACAGCUCUCUGUGGGGGGAACAGAAGAACCAGAACAAAGCUCAGAGGAACGAAGCUGGACCUGGACCUGGACCUGGACCUGGACCUGGACCUGGACCUGGACCUGGACCUGGACCUGGACCUGGACCUGGAGCCGGAGCCGGAGCCGGAGCCGGAGCCAGAGCCGGACCUGGAACUGGACCUGGAGCCGGAGCCGGACCAGGACCUGGACCUGGACCUGGACCUGGACCUGGACCUGGACCUGGACCUGGACCUGGAGCCAGAGCCGGACCUGGACCUGGACCUGGACCUGGACCUGGACCUGGACCUGGACCUGGACCUGGACCUGGAGCCGGAGCCGGAGCCGGAGCCGGACCUGGAACUGGACCUGGAGCCGGAGCCGGACCUGGACCUGGACCUGGACCUGGACCUGGACCUGGACCUGGACCUGGACCUGGACCUGGAGCCGGAGCCGGAGCCGGACCUGGACCUGGACCUGGACCUGGACCUGGACCUGGAGCCGGAGCCGGACCUGGACCCGGACCCGGAGCCGGAGCCGGAGCCGGACUCGGACCCGGACCCGGACCCGGACCCGGACCUGGACCUGAACCCAGCACUGUGUCCUUAAAUAGCGACAGGUCAUUCGAAUUUGGUAUUGACUUUAAAGGAGAACCUCCUGCUGCACAGAGAUGGAAGUGAUGCUGAUCAGGACGGUGUUUGUGCUGAGAGGAUGAAGUGUGUCCUGAUGAUCCAGAGGUUGAAGCAGCAGCAGCAGCAGCAGCAGCAGCAGCAGCAGCAGCAGCAGCAGCAGCAGCAGCAGCAGCAGCAGCAGCAGCAGCAGCAGCAGCAGCAGCAGCAGCAGCAGCAGCAGCAGCAGCAGCUGGUGUGUGGAGACUCUGACUGGACCAUGUUACUGGGAGGUGCACUGGGAACCAGUAUGAAGUGUGUUGUUAUCACUGUGUAGUUUAGUGUUGCAGCUCCACACUGUGAAUGAUGGAGAACUGCAGUUAAUGUUGACUUGAUCCGUUGAGGUUGAUGUCAGGUUGCAGAGUGUGCAGGAAGUUUCAGGAUGUUUGUAUCAGUGCAGGAUUAUAUUUCAGUUUCUAUUUCCAGCUGCAGUCAAAGCUGUUGAGCUUCUCUACCUGCAACACAUUGAGCUGAUGAGAACAAAGUGUCCUGGAAACAUGUCAGCUGAAGCCUUGGAGCCCAGAGAGAGUUUCAUGAAGCACAUUGGAGUCAUUUUGAUCACAUCAUGUUGAAGUUACAAACUGAAGAUGAAUCCAGUUUAGUCCUCAAAGGUCCAGAAACAGCUUGUUGAGCUCAGAGUUCAUGUUUAAUCUGAACAUCCUUUGACCUUUCUGAGCUCCACUAAAUGUUUGUGCUAGUUUCUCUCUUCUUCACCUUCAGCCCGUUCCUUGUGUGCAGAACCUUCCGGAUCAUUAAUUUUCUUUGUUUUCUGAGCUGCUGCUUUCUUUAAAUCCCACCUAAGAUUUUCACCUGGAUUUAAUCCGGGCCUGAGAUGCCCCUCCAGGACUUUCCAGGAAGGAUUCCUGAAGCAGGCUUUGGUGGACGUUUACUGGGAUGCUGGUCCUGCUGAAGGUCCAGUGAGCUUCAGUUUCCUCACAUUGUUCUUGUAAAUGUCCUGGUGUUGGAGAGAAUCCAUGCUGCUGCUCACUCGGUCCAGUUUGAGGAGGCUGUCCUUCUUAGAGGCCUGGUGUUUGUUCACCUGCUGAGUUGGUGCCAAAGGAAGGAGCAGCUUUUCUCUCCAUGAUGGCUGACAGUCCAGUGUGAGAACUGACUGAACUGUUUUAUUGUUUACCACUAUAAACAUUUCUCUGAACUCGUCAUUAACCCUGCAAACUGUCACGUUUUGUCUGAUGAAAGCUGCUGUAAAACCAACUCUGAGCUGUUUGCUUGCUGUAUUGAGUCACUGAUAUUUGAUGAUGAUAAUUAACUCCAGCCAGCAUAUUAAUGAAUACUUAAUCAGAUGGUAGAAGCAUGAAAUGAUCUCCGUCUGUCACUACGUUAAGCAGCAACAAGCUUCAGUGUGAAUGUUUAACUCUAAUAGUUUUACUGUUUUAAUUAUGUUUAUUUUGACGUUCUUCACUGCAGGUAUUUGAACUGAUCUCAGUUUAAAGUUUAUGUAUAUAUAAGUUUAUGUAUAUAUAAGUUUAUGUAUAUAUAUAUACACACACACACACACACACACACACACACACACACACACACACAUAUAUGUAUAUAUGUAUGUGUGUGUGUGAGUAUAUAUACGUGUGUAUGUGUAUAUAUGUAUACUCUGUAUGUUAAACAAAAAAGUGAAAAUUUGAUGCAUUUGCUGCAAAAAAGUUCAAUAUAAUAAUAAAAGAAAUCUGUCUUUAAAAA